AUGGAUUUCGCCCCGGUAGUGCCAAAAAAGAAGUUGAACGAUGAAGAAAGAAAAGAUCUUAUGAAAAAGCUGGAUGAUGAGUUGGAUCAAUUUAUGGAUGAUAUGGCUGCAAGAAAGAAAGAAGAGAAUGUGGAGAAAAAACCUUUCGACUUUGAUGAAUGGUGUAAGGAGAUAGACCAGCAUCCAUGUUUUAUGACCGAUAAAUCGGAUAUUCAUAAAGCAUUAGAUGGUAAAUAUGGAGAUACAUUAGCUGCUUUACAAGCGCUCAAAUAUUCCGAGGAUGAUAUAGAAGACUUACAAGCUACUGCAGAAAAAAAUAAGAACGAAGGGAACAAACAUUUUGGUUUCAAGAAGUACCGAUGGGCAAUAGAUUGUUAUACAACCGGAAUCAAAGCUAAAUGCUUGGAUAAGAAACUCAAUGGGAUCUUGUACUGUAAUCGAGCAGCAGCUCACAAAUAUAUAGGAAACUUAAGAUCAGCGAUUCGUGAUUGUUCUUUCGGCCGGAAGUUUGAUCCCACUAAUCUUAAAGGGGUUGUAAGAGGUGCUGAAUGUCUCAUAGAAUUAGGAUAUGGAAAUCAGGCAAUUAAAUGGAUUGACAGCAGCAAAAAACUUUUCGCCGUUCAGAAAGAAUUAGAAGAAAAUGGCCAAGUCACAGAUGCCGAGAAAAAACUGUUGGAUCAAUUAGAAGUUUUAUAUGAAAAGGCGGGAGAGGUUUCCGCUGUUGAAGAAAGAAAUGCUAGGAGAGCUAGAGCUCAGGAAAAAAAAGAUAAUGAGGAGAAAGCUAAAUUACUAAAGGCAUUGGAAGAAAGAAAAUUGAACUUACGACCUCGUGUGCCUUUCGCUCGGCCAGAACUUCUUGAAUGGUCUAUGCUAACAGCAAGCCUACCUCAGCUUCACGAACAUAAAAUUGUGUCAUUCGAUGAAAAGGAUAAUCUUCAGUGGCCUGUUCUUGUGCAAUAUCCAGAGGUUGGAGAAGUUGAUGUUCUCACUGAAGUCGAUGAAAACACAGAACUCGGUGAUCUACUUAGUGCUGUUCUCGGUUCCACUGCCGAAUGGGACGUUGAGAAAAAGUUCAGAUUUGACAACGUGAGAUACUUCAUUGGAUCAGAAUUCGAUGAAUAUUUAAUGGAAAUUCAUGAAUGGAUGCCUUUCAAAACUAUUUUUUCAACUCCUGGUUAUCAAAUUAGACAAGGGUUACCUGUUAUUAUGGUUUACACAAAAGAAAAAGCUGAUGAAUCGUUCGAGUUGGAAGAUAAUAAUCAGUGGAGAUUGAAAUAG